CAGGGCAGACAGGCAGAGAGUGUAAAAUGGCGCACAGCUGUCGGUGGCGGUUCCCCGCUCGGCCCGGAGGGAGCUGCAACUCCGGUACCGGGAGGAGAGCGGGCCGAAUUAGGGUUACUGCCUCUUUGCGGAGAGUCUCGGGAGCCCACCCUAACGCAGCUGGGCUCGGACCAGGAUUUGAUGCUGCACUACAGGUCUCUUCGGUUAUCGGGAGCAACCUGCAGAAAUUUCGGGAUGUUUUGGGGGAAUCGAGUGACUCGAGCAGCGGGGAGGAAGAAGCGUUUGGAGGAUUUGGACCAGUGGUUGAGCAGAAAAGAAUACAUAGCCCUUCAACAACCACUUCAGUUUUAUCAGCAGGCCCACCCUUACAGGAGAAGAAGCCUAGAGGCCGACCCCCACGGGCCCUGACUGCUCAGAAAGCUGCUGCAAGUCUACCUUCCCCAUUCUCCCUUCCCUCCCCCACACAGGCAAAACCUGAGGGCCCUGAAAGGCCAUCUGAGAAGGUGAAAAGGCUGCCUGGGAGGCCACCUGGCACCGGGGAAAAGAGAAGAGGUCGACCCCCGUCUUCAAGUAGCAAGAAAGCUUGGAGUGCAGGCAGCCAUGCAGCAGGGGAGGACAGUAGGCAGGCUGGGUCUGAGUUGGGAAUGGACACAGAGGACAGAAAGGGCGCCAGGAGGACGCCACUGGGCUCUACUCAGCCAUAUGACACAGAGGCAAAGAUUCCCAAAGGUGGGCUGGGUAAAUCCAAAGUUACCAACCUGAAGAGGCUGAGAGCAACUAAACUCGCCCCUCUCAAGUCACGGCUCAAGACUUUGCCUGGUGUACCCAGACGCAGACGCGGGCGACCGCCCUCAGCUGAGCGUCUCAAAGCUGAGGCGGCUGCUGCUGCUGCUGCUGCACAGCUGUCUACCUCCAUUGAGUUCGGGGAAGGGAAACACAAGGUCUUUAGGGUCAGAGGGGGGGAUAGAGGCACGGAACCACAUACUCCUCAGCAGCCCAUGCUGAGGAAUGUGGAUGGUGCUGAGGAACAGGACUCUUCCAAUCCACCUGCCUCCCCAUCUCCCUCCAAGCCAGGCAGGACAGUGGGCCUCAGAAAAAGCCCUCGCCAUAGAAAGCCUGUUAGGAUUGUCCCCUCUUCUAAACGCACUGAUGCAACUAUUGCUAAACAGCUGCUGCAGCGCGCUAAGAAAGGAGCGCAGAAGCGGCUGGAGAAAGGAGCUGUAGCUCUCGGGGGUAGUGGGGCAGGAGCCAUUGACGUUGGCAUCAGGAAGACCCAACUAAAGAACAUCAGGCAGUUCAUCAUGCCUGUGGUCAGCACUGUCUCCCUUCGCAUCAUCAAAACCCCCAAGCGCUUCAUUGAAGAUGAGGGCAACUUUGGAGCUCCGCCACCUCAUAUGAAAAUAGCACGGUUAGAAACAACCCCCUCAACUGUCUCCACAUCUGCCCAACCCACCACUUCCUCUUCCCCCACUCCUGUACUGGUCUCAUCUACACCUGCUGUUAGUAGCACUGGCGCCACUGCUCCAGUUGACUCCCUCCCCCCUCCUCCACCUCCCGCCCCUAUCCCCACUGUUCCAUCAACAGCCGCCAGUCUGCUCAACAGCAACACAAACAACCCCACCAAUGGGCGAUUUAGCAGUAGUGCGGCGUCCUGCGGCUCAAGUGCCGUGUCGCAACAUUCUUCCCAACUGUCCUCCGCAGAGUCUUCCAGGUCCAGCAGUCCCAGCUUGGAUGACUCAUCAUGCGACUCCCAGGCUUCUGAGGCCACACAGGCUUUGUCAGAGCCAGAGGAUCACUCUCCAGUCUCACAGGGAGAGAGGGAGGCCAACCUGGUACACAGCUCACGGCCUCCCUCUCCUCCCUCUGAGCCAGAGCAUGUGUUGGCAGAGAGGAGUCGGCGAGGUCGGAGGGGACAGGGGGUCGGCCGGGGAAGCCAGAGCCAGAGGGUGAGAGAGUCUCUUACCAGUGGGGCUAAAAAACCUAUAAUUAGCCCACCAACAGGAGUUCUGAUGUCCUCCUCUACACUUGUAAACUCCCAGCAAGCUUCAUCCACAGCCUCCUCCUCUUCUUCCCCUCCACCUCCCCCUCUCCUCACUCCUCCACAGCCUCCACAGUCAGCUUCUUCCAAUACACCUGCUAUCAGUGAACACCACUCACAGUCACCCUGGAUGACUCACCCCAUCCCUCCAUUCCUGUCUGGACCAUCAGUGCUGUCCAGCUUAUCAGACAAACGAAGCCGCUCAAUUCUGAGAGAGCCCACCUUCCGAUGGACGUCCCUGUCCCACACUGAACAGCAGUACUUUUCCUCAGCUAAAUAUGCAAAGGAGGGACUCAUUCGCAAGCCCAUAUUUGAUAACUUCCGCCCUCCUCCUCUCACAGCUGAAGACGUGGGGCUGUUGCCCCAAGGUGUUAGUGGAGCAGGGGGAGCAGCUCCAGUGGUGUUUCCUGCACCAGGCAGUGGAACCGGAACAGGGACACGACUAUUUGCCCCUCUUCACUCACACACUCAUCACCAACAUCCGUCUUCAUCCCGUUUUGAUCCACCACACCAGAAGCGCAGCCCUUUGCUUCGUGCUCCACGGUUUACACCCAGCGAGGCCCACUCUCGGAUAUUUGAGUCUGUUACACUCCAGUCGUCUUCUGGAAGCAGCCCUGGCUCUCUCUCCCCACACCAGACGUCCUCUAGCUCCAGCAGAACCUCGCGGCGCAGGAGACGACCUGUCUCGGGAACAGUACGUAGUCAUCCGCGAUCUCCUUCCCACUCAAUGACCAGACGCAGCAGCCAAAUAGGAGGCCCGAUGUCUAUGGGGAAAGGCUCCUCUGAGAUGUCUGUGCUGACAGGCUCUGUCUGCUGUAGUAACUCCAGCUCUUUGCCAGGGGUUUCUGCAAGUCCACUAGCCACUAGUGCCUUAACUUCUCCUUUCAGCACCUUCUCAACCGUAUCCAUGAGUCUGACCCCACAAGGGACACCUGAUUGCAGGAGAGGGGCUACUGGAAAUCCACCUCCUUUGUCAACUGCAUCAUCCACUUCUUCCCCACUUUUCCAUAUCUUUCCUUCCAGUGCCCAUGACACGGGGCGAGAAGCUGUGAAAGGAGGUAAAGAAAAAUGUUUGUCAGCUCCCCAGGAACCUGCUUUAAAGGAAAAAGAGAAAGAAAAGGAAAAUAAGAGGGAAGGAAGGAAGGAUUUGGAGAAAAUAAGUAAAUUGUCAACACCAGAUGGCUCCCCCAAUGCACCUUCCAGCAUGUUUACUGUGGACGGGAGGGACUCCGGAGAUGCUUUUUUAUCUAUUGCUACAAAAAAGGCUCCAGGGAGAAAAAAAUCAACAUCAGUUGAUAUGGUUUCUGACACUGCUUCCUCAGAUUUGCGUGGGCCUGCUUCCACUGUUCCCAUGUCCAUUGCUAAAGGACGUCUAUCUAAGAAAGGCAGACCCUCUGAGAAAGCAGAAGAGGUGGAGGAUGGGGAAAAGGAGAAAGAGAAACAAAGUGCUCCUAGCCAGCAGACCGCAAGCCUUCCAGGGCAGCCGGGCAGACAACACCUCCCUGUUUCCUCUCUUGGAUCCAUGUUGGAAGAAGCAGAGAAACAGCCUGUGACCGAUAAGCAGGUAGUUGGACUACUGAAGAAGGCCAAAGCCCAGCUCUUUGAGAUAAAGAAGAGUAAGCUGAAGCCUGCAGAGCAGACAAAGGGCCAGGGUCAAGAGAGCGACUCGUCCGAGGCCUCGGUCCGCGGUCCACGCAUCAAGCAUGUAUGUCGUCGUGCAGCUGUGGCUCUUGGCCGUAAUCGAGCAGUGUUCCCCGACGACAUGCCCACACUUAGUGCCUUGCCCUGGGAGGAGAGAGAGAAGAUCCUAUCUUCCAUGGGGAAUGAUGACAAGUCUUCAGUAGCAGGCUCCGAGGAGGCAGAGCCUCAGUCCCCUCUCAUAAAGCCACGGGAGACACGGCACAAGGCCGUUCAAGAAGCUCCUCCCAAGAAGGGGCGCCGGUCGCGACGCUGUGGUCAGUGCUCAGGCUGCCAAGUUCCAGAAGAUUGCGGUGUGUGUACCAACUGUCUCGACAAGCCUAAAUUUGGAGGACGAAACAUUAAAAAGCAAUGCUGCAAGAUGAGGAAGUGUCAGAACUUGCAGUGGAUGCCCUCAAAGAUGUUUCUUCAGAAGCAAGGCAAAGGCAAAAAAGACAAGAAAAAGACUAAGUUGUCUGAGAAGAAGGAGGGUCUCAAUCCGGUAAAAGGACCGAUCUCAGACUCUGGCCCUAAACCCACUCUUGCACCACCAAAGGAGGAACCUCCCCGCAAAAAGAGUGAAACUCCUCCACUCAAGAUGGCAGAGGAGAAGUCAAGACAGCAGCCAUUGUCAAAGCAAUCAUCUCCAGCCCUCGCAUCUUCCCCUGGCCCAGUGGAACCCCCUCAAGUGUCCAGCACAGUCGCAGCCCAUACUCAGUCUCCAGCCCUGACAUCAGAUGCCCGGCAGCUCUCAGUCACAAGCAGUGUCACCAGUAAAAAGGGACACAAAACACAGCAGUCUGUACCAACCUCUUCCUCCUCGUCCUCGUCCUCCUCUUCCACUUCCUCAUCUUCUUCAUCCUCAUCAUCUUCCUCCCCGUCAUCUUCAUCCCAGAAUUCCCCCUCCCAGUCAACGCAAUCUCAUCCACCGCCACAACUACAACAACAACAACAACAACAACAACAGCAGCAACGUCCUCUUACCAGUCAGGCCACUUCAAAAAAAGAUGCUUCACCCAAGAUUCUUCUGAACGAGCCCAAGAAGAAGCCCCAGCAGCACUCAUCACAACAGCAGAGCUCAACUACACCCAUUUCAGAUACUGUUGAACCAAAACAGUUGAAAAAGCCAACAUCUCGCUCUGUUCCUCCAUCUCCUAAACACAAACUAAAAGACAAGCCGCUCACCACUAAACCCACCAGCAGCAGUACUUUAAACUGGCUAAGCACUCCCUCGACUAGGGGCCAGGCGAAGUCCAGAGCGCCCUGCGACGGAGUGCAUCGUAUCAGAGUGGAUUUUAAAAGGGACCAUGAUGUGGAGAAGGUGUGGGAGGCUGGCGGCCUCAGCCUGCUCACCUCUGUGCCUGUUACGCCCCGGGUGCUCUGCUUCUUAUGUGCAAGCAGUGGAAAUGUUGAGUUUGUCUUCUGCCAGGUAUGCUGUGAACCGUUCCAUCUUUUUUGCCUGGGGGAGUCAGAGCGCCCUCUCCAGGAGCAGUUUGAGAACUGGUGUUGUCGACGAUGCAGGUUCUGCCAGGCCUGUGGACGCCAGCACCAGAAAACUAAACAGCAGCUGCUAGAGUGCGAUAAGUGCCGUAACAGCUAUCACCCGGAGUGCCUGGGUCCCAACCACCCUACCAGACCCACCAAGAAGAAGAGAGUCUGGGUGUGCACCAAGUGUGUGCGUUGUAAGAGUUGUGGAGCCACUAAACCUGGGAAGUCCUGGGAUGCCCAGUGGUCGCGUGACUUCUCCAUGUGUCAUGACUGUGCCAAACUCUUUGCUAAAGGAAACUUCUGCCCACUGUGUGAUAAGUGCUAUGAUGCCGAUGACUACGACAGCAAGAUGAUGGAGUGUGGCCGUUGCAACCAUUGGGUUCAUGCCAAGUGUGAGAACCUUACAGAUGAAAUGUAUGAGCUGCUAUCAAAGCUGCCAGAGAGUGUUGCCUACACGUGUACCAAAUGUACUGAACGCCAUCCGGCUGAGUGGAGGACGGCAUUGGAGAGGCAGCUUCAGGGAUGCGUUCGCCAUGUCCUCACUGCACUGCUCAACUCACGCACAUCCUCACACCUGUUACGCUACAGACAGGCGGUGAAGCCUCCUGAGCUGAACCCAGAGACAGAGGAGAGUCUUCCAUCCCGUCGUUCCCCGGAGGGCCCAGAUCCUCCAGUCCUGACCGAAGUCACCCCUACCCCUCUGAGUGACUUCCCUCCAGACCUGGACUCUGUUGAGAAAAAGAUGGAGCUUGGGCGCUAUAAUUCAGUGCUGGAGUUUAGUGAUGACAUUGCACGAAUCAUUCAGACGGCCAUCAACAGUGACGGUGGCCAGCCUGAGAGCAGGAAAGCUAACAGCAUGGUCAAGUCUUUCUUCAUACGGCAAAUGGACCGAAUCUUCCCGUGGUUUAAAGUGAAAGAGUCUCAACUCUGGGAAAGGCAAAAAGUCUCUGCCAACAGUGGGCUACUUCCAAAUGCCGUGCUGCCUCCGUCCCUUGACCACAACUACGCCCAGUGGCAAGAGAGACAGGAGCUUUCCCGUGCUGAGCUCCCCCACCUCAUGAAAAAAAUCAUCCCAGCUCCUCGGCACAAGACCCCUGGUGAACCAGAUUCUCCAGCCUCCCCCCCUUCUCUCCCUCCAGCUUUACCCCCACCACAUCCACUCCUACCCGAUCAUGAAGACAGCCCAGAGCUCCCUCCUCCGCCAGGUGUUAGUGAUAACAGGCAAUGUGUGCUGUGUCUGAAGUAUGGGGAUGAUAACACUAAUGAGAGUGGCAGGCUGUUGUACAUUGGUCAGAAUGAGUGGACCCAUGUAAACUGCGCACUGUGGUCUGCCGAGGUAUUUGAAGAUGACGACGGCUGCCUGAAGAAUGUUCACAUGGCUGUUUUCAGGGGAAAACAGCUGCGCUGUGAGAAGUGUCAAAAGCCAGGGGCAACAGUUGGCUGCUGCCUCACAUCUUGCACCAGCAACUAUCACUUCAUGUGCGCCCGCCACUCCCACUGCAUCUUCCUGGAGGACAAGAAAGUCUAUUGUCCAAAGCACAGGGACCUCAUCAAGGGAGAAGUGGUGUCUGAGUUUGAGGUGACCCGCAGGAUCCUGGUGGACCUGGAGGGCAUUAGUCUCAGGAGGAAGUGGCUGGCAGGACUGGAGCCUGAAGAUGUCCACAUGAUGAUUGGCUCCAUGACCAUUGACUGUUUGGGGAUACUGACUGAACUCUCAGACUGUAAACGCAAACUCUUCCCUGUAGGAUACCAGUGUUCAAGGGUGUACUGGAGUACUUUGGAUGCUCGUAAGCGCUGUGUGUACACUUGUAGGAUCCUAGUUUGUCACCCUCCAGUGGUAGAGUCUGACCUGAAAAACAUGAUGGCUCCUGAGGAGAAUCGCACUAUAGCACACAGCCCACCUCCCAUAGCAGAUUUUCCAGAUCCAUUUGAAUCCCCAAGGCGCUCCGACACCCUUUCCCCCACCAACACGCCCAAGCUCAGGGUUUACACUAGGAAUCGACACCCCAGCUACCCCCCUUGUCAGCGCUUACUAGGGCCCAGGCCCAUGCCCUCUCCAGGAGGUACCUCGCAUCCCCAAAGUCAUGAGAUUGUGACUGUAGGAGACUCCAUGGUGACCCCCAGCAUGCGGAAUAUUGACUCACGUCGCCACAGCUCCCCUUCUCUCUCUCCUCCUCCACACCAGCUCAACAGACAGAGAGGGGUGACAUUCCCACUUCAGAUUGUGUCAAGACCCCUUACAUCCCCACCUCCCCUCAUUCCCUCGCCUGCCAGAGACCCCGAAAAGUUCAAACACCUCAGCAAAGACUCAGCAAAGAGUCCAGUCCAGCGAGAUGAUGAUAGAGGUAGACUGUUCUCCACAGACAGAAACAGACAGCAACCAUCCAGAGACCACGGGUUGAGAGAUGCAGACAAAGGGAAGGUGUCAAGUCAAGACCAAGCUUCUAAAGAUUCUGAUAAGAAUAGGUCAUUCAGAGAACUUGGGCAAAAAGACUCUGACAAGGGGGGAACACCAAUCAAAGAGCCAGAAAAGAGAAGGCUGUUGAGUAAAGACUCAGGUCUGAAAGAUUCUGAGAGGGGACGACCUCCUAGUAGAGAUCCCUUAAGAGAUUCAGAAAAGGGGAGACAAGUAAACAGAGACUCUGAGAAGAGGAGACAGGCAAGCAAAGAUUCAAGCAAUAGAGAAACGGAUAAAAGCAAAUCAUCCUCCAGAGAUCCCAGCUAUAAGGAUAAGGAAAAAGCUAGGUCUCUAAGUAGAGAUGCAGGUCCAAGGGACUCUGAGAAACAUAGACAGCACAGCAGGGAAACAGGAAAAGACUCAGGCCAAGGUAAAGACAGACCGUCUAGCAGAGACUCUGACAAGGGUCGACCUCCCUCUAGAGAUUCCAGUUAUAGAAGCACAGAGAAAAACAAAGACUCUGGCUCAGGGAAAGAUAGUUACUCUGGCAGUCAGUCCAAACAGGCUGGAGGUGAGAGUAAGAACCCCAGACAGGCACCGACAGGCUCUGGCCAGUCCUCCCCUCCUGUGGGCAAUGCUGUUCUCACUGGUCAGCAGAGAGGUGGAAGCACCAAGCAGACUGACAAGCAAGGGAAACAUGGAGGCAAAGACCAGGAUGUUUCUGCAAGUUUGUUGCCUCGUCAACGGGCCACCCCUACUUCUUCCAUCACCCAGUCUAAGGACAAGCCCAGCUCAGGGAAGGAGAGUAGUUGUGGCACUGGAAAUCUAAUGCCGGCUUCACUCCAUAAGGACUCUGUUGUUGCAAAAUCUGGCUCCCCACAGUCUUCAUUUCAGAAGUCCAAUUCAAGAAAAUCAAAUGAUUACUCAUCAGGUCCAGCCACAACAGCAGCUAUGAAGCCUGUGUGGGCUUCAAGGACACCAGCAGAAGAUGAAGUUGUCAAGCGAGGCUCCAUGCACCUGGCCUCCCCAGCUGCAGCCUCAGCUGCCAAAGACAAACAACCCAAAGUUAAGACGGCAGGCAACAGAGAGGUGUCCAAAGACUGUGAAAGAGAAAAGACUCUCCAAAACAGCAACAGCAACAACAAAAUCCCUCUUCUCAACAGUAAUAAUAAGGCUACUGGAAGCACCAAUGCACAUGCCACAAACCCCAGCUCUUACAACAGCAGCAAUAGCAAAGCUCCAGUGCUUGGAAACAGCACCAAAGCCCAUGGGAAGGCUCAGGGGGAGAAGCCUGAAAACCAGGCAGGGGACAGGUCAUCGUCAAAGAGCAGAGAAAAUUACUCCUGUCCUGAGAGGAAGAACAGCUCCAGUCUGGACAGCUUACAGCAGCUGCAGCAGGGUGGUUUAGCUCCGGAAAAAGGAGUGAAGACCUCUUCCCAGUCUCACACCAAACCAACAACUAACCAGCUGUCGUUGUCCUUGAGAGAGAAAAAGAGAUCAGUUAAACCCCCUACCGUAACGCCACUGAAGACGGAAAUCAAGACUGACCCUAAUGGGACCAGCGCUGUUGGUGGUAUUUCUUCCUCCUGUCCCACGACCACUACCUCCACCGUCUCUCCUGCUGCCCAGGGGACCCGUCGCUCUGCCCGCUCCGCUCUCUUCUCCUCACCCUCUGCCAGCAGCAGUGACAGUUCUGAAUCUGACACACUGACUCAGACAGAAGACGACGAUUUGCGCAAGGAGCACAUACGCGGUGAGCUCCGAGACCACCACAGCCUCCUCACUCAAGGCACAGAGGAUGAGCGUGAUGGCCCAGAAGAUGACCACGACAGAGGCAUGGAAGAUAAACAUCACGAGGAUGACAGUGAUGGGUCAGGGUCAGCCAAGCGUCGCUACCCUCGACGCAGUGCCCGCGCACGUUCCAACAUGUUUUUUGGCCUUACACCUUUCUACGGGGUUCGUUCGUACGGCGAAGAGGACCUUCCCUUCUACGGCAGCGGGGACGGAGCUGGAUCCGUGGUUAAGAGAAGGACCGGUGGUCGCAAGAAAUCAGCUGAGGGGCAGGUGGAUGGAGCAGACGAUAUGAGCACCUCUUCUUCGUCAGGGGAAAGUGGAGAUGAUGAAGAGAGUGGCAUGAGGGGUAAAGACCCUUACUACUACAACUUCACUCGAACAAUAAUUAACCCUAGUGAGGGCCUACCAUCUAUAGAAGGGAUAGAUCAGUGUCUGGGAAGGGGAUCUCAGCUUCAGCGCUUUCUAAAAGACGAGGAGCAGCAACAGCAGAGGGCUCAAGGAAAAGCUGAAGAGGACAUGCUGAGUGCUCUGACCCUAGGCAAGCAGCAUAUUGGCCAACUCGAUGGCAUUGAUGAUGGCUCAGAGAGCGAUACCAGCAUCUGUACCACCAGCACCACCACCACCACUACAGCAACCUCUUCUUCCACACCACAUAAGAACACUCCUAAGAGAAGGGGCAGAGAAAGGCACACUGAGAAAGCUGAUUCCCAUGACUCUACAAAGGAGGCUGACAACAGCGGUGGAGCUGUCAGCGGCAACACGCGAGAAGGCAGAAAGAACCAGAAAGAAAACUGUCUUCCUCUAGGAGGCGGGGUCAAGUCCCAGCCGCAGAGUCAGGGUCAGGAUCCUCUCGAGGCCCAACUGUCCCUCAGCACUGACCUGCUUAAAUCAGACUCUGACAACAACAAUAGUGAUGACUGCGGUAACAUUUUGCCAUCAGAUAUCAUGGAGUUUGUCCUCAACACACCUUCCAUGUCAAUGCAGGCUCUGGGUCAGCAGUCGGAGCCGUCCUCCUCAGAGUUGCUCUUGGACGAGGGCUACGUUGGAGUGGAUGUCAACCGCCCCAAAGACAUUCUAUUUGAUGACUUUUCCCAGCAGCUGCCAAGUGCUGAGAGUGGAGGUGUGGUGGAGAGUAGUGUGAAUAGCUCCAUAUCUGUAGAGGAGCCAUAUCUUCCUUUGGAGCUGCCUUCUGACCUCUCUGUCCUGACAACACGUAGCCCUUCUGUUAACACCAGUCAGAACCACACUGCUGGGAGUCUUAUCUCCGAUACCUCAGAGCGCACCAUGCUGGGCUUGACCUCUGACCCCGAGUCAAUCCGCGGAGAAAAGAGUGGGGACAAGAAAAGAGCAGGGCCGAGUGUGUCACCAUCGGAGAAUCAGCACGAUGCUACCAACAGAGACACACAGGUCACAGAGGGUCAUAUGACUCCUGAGCAGUUUAUUUCCAGCCCUGCCGUUGGCCAGGUAGUUGAACCUCCAGGUAACCAGGAUGUUCCCAGGAGUUCUGGUACCCCUGGUUUGCCAAGUUCACCCUCCCUGCCUCUUCAGGGUCAGAAGUACCUCCCAGCAUCAGCUGCAGCUGCAGGCAGCCCCAGUCUCAGUCCUGUUGCUGGCCCAGGACCAUCCCAGGCUCAGGUUUCCAGCCCAGCAGUCAUCAAACCAGGCCCUGACAAGCUCAUCGUGGUGAAUCAACAGUUCCAGCCUCUCUACGUUCUUCAGACCGUCCCUAAUGGUGUUGCCCAAAAAAUUAGUGCCACAGGAGUAAUUGACACUAGCUCUUCAGCAGUCCUGAGCUCCAUGGCACUCACCACAGGGUUAAAUACUGCUUUAUCCACAGCCCAGCCAAUAUUUCCUGCUGGUGGCAAAGUCAUGGGCACCAUGCCUCACCCCUCCCAGAUUCACACCUUUACAGGAGCCACACAGACGGGCUUCCAGACGGGAAUCCCCAGUACCACCUCAGGGCUUCUCAUAGGGUUGCCCCAUGAGCAGCCCCAGAUUCUGGUAUCAGAGGCUGGUCGGCCGCACGAGCUGGGUCACAGUGUUGCCAUAGUGUCCAGUCCCUCCUCCCUCACUUCUUCCCCGACUGUACUCGCCUCUGCUCACGGCAAGAAGAGGCCUAUCUCCCGUCUUCAGCCAAGAAAAAGCAAAAAGCUUGCCCGCUCUCGUAGCCAGCCUACUCUGGCCCCGUCUGAGAUGGGCCCUCCCAACAUGACCCUCAUCAACCUGUCUUCCCCUCAGAUUACUGCUAGUAUCUCUGGUCAGUUAAGCACCAUUUCUACUUCUCAGCGCAAGGUCCCAAAUAUUAUAAAGAGACCAAAAUCGGGUGGGGUUAUGUACUUGGAUCCCUCUACCCUCCUUCAGCAGAGAAUUCCCGGUACUGCCCAGCCUGGUAUUCUAGGCCAUGAUUCCUCCACUCACCUAAUACCUUGCACAGUCUCUGGUCUCAACCCCAGUCAGUCAGUGCUGAAUGUUGUGUCUGUGCCCCCUAGUGGUGCUGCUGGCCUUCUUGCACCAGGAUCAGUCUCCCUCUCCACGCCUGUCCUCAGCUCUGCUGAGAUCACAGGGCCAAUUAGCAACCUCCUGUUUAAAGCAACUCCACAUGGCCUGGGCCUGUCAGAUCAGCCAAUGGUCCUUCAAUCCGCAGGAGCUCCUCUGAUGUCACAGCUCGGCUCCUCAGUGCAGACAUCUAUAGCCAGUAGCAUCUGUGUCCUGCCCUCCCAACAGACUUUCACCAUGGCUGUCAACCAGCAAGGAGAGACUGAAGUUAGUAAUGUCCACUUACAGCACCAGUCUCAGCCUAUAAACAGAGCCCAGACCAUGGACUCCCGUCCAAACACCACUGUUACUUUAGCCACCUCUCUAAGCCCUGCCAAGGGACGUGUUGUUGGAGUAUUCAGCCAAACACAAACUUCCGCACACUCCCAGAGCAGGAGAACAACUCCCAUCUCCAGAUCAUCACAACAAAGGGCGCCUAACUCCACCACUUUAGGAGCUGAAAAAAGCAAACAGAAAACAAAGAGGAGCAGGCAGAGUUCAGAUAUAACCAGUGUGAAGAAGCUCAAGGCCUCUCAGGCAGAGGAGCAUCCGAGCAACCCUGCAGGACGACAUCACUCAUUCCAAAGUUCCAGAGAGCUGAACUCCCCUGAACCCAUGGAUACGGGCAAGCCCCCAGAUAAGGCAGCCAACAAGAGUGUGCUUGGUAAAAAGAAAACAUCUGAUGGUCCUGUGUUACCGGGGAAAGUAGUGGGGAAAGACAAACCAUCUGCAGCCGGUGGAGCAGGGUCUCUUCCUGUGGCUUCCCCACCCGACCAAGACGGCAACAGCAGGGAUACCGGCCUGGAUAGUAAACCCAAGAAGGGCAUCAUCUUUGAAAUCCGCAGCGAGGACGGCUUCCACAUCCGCUGUGAGAGUAUCGAAGAAGCUUGGAAAUCCCUGACUGAUAAGGUGCAAGAAGCACGCUCCAAUGCACGACUCAAGGAGCUCUCCUUUGAAGGUGUGAAUGGAUUGAGGAUGCUGGGAGUCGUCCACGAGGCAGUGGUCUUCCUGCUCGAGCAGCUCUACGGCUCCAGACAUUGUCGGAGCUACCGUUUCCGCUUCCAUAAACCAGAGGAAAUCGAUGAACCGCCCAUCAACCCCCACGGGUCGGCUCGUGCAGAGAUAUCCCACAGGAGGUCUGUCUUUGACAUGUUCAAUUUCUUGGCCUCAAAACACCGCCAGCCUCCUGAGUACAAGCCGCAAGAAGACGAGGAUGACGAAGGGCAGCUCAGGACUGCCAGGCGUGCCUCCGUGGAGCUACCACUGGCUGUGAGAUUCAAACAGCUCAAGGCCACCUCUAAGGAAACUGUUGGAGUCUACAGGUCUCCCAUUCAUGGCAGAGGUCUGUACUGCAAGAAAACCAUAGAUGCAGGGGAAAUGGUCAUUGAAUACUCUGGAAAUGUCAUUCGGUCUGUGCUCACUGACAAACGGGAGAAAUAUUACGAUGGAAAGGGGGUCGGCUGUUACAUGUUUCGUAUCGAUGACUACGAGGUGGUAGACGCAACAGUGCAUGGCAACGCCGCCCGCUUCAUUAACCACUCUUGUGAGCCCAACUGCUUCUCUCGGGUCAUCACUGUGGACGGCCAGAAGCACAUUGUCAUCUUCGCCUCGCGGCGCAUCUACUGUGGAGAGGAGCUCACCUACGACUACAAGUUCCCUAUUGAGGAUGCCAGCAACAAGCUGCCCUGCAACUGCGGCGCAAAGAAGUGUCGCAAGUUUCUCAACUGAUGUUUAAACAAUUUUAAAGAGGACUGCAAGGAUGCUGAGCAGCAGUGCCACGAUGUUCUGAGGUCCCCCCCUGCUGGGGGUUUGCAGUGGCACUGGCGUCCCGGUCCGGUCCGCGUAUGACAGCUGCAAACAGGGCACGAACUCUGUCAUCUGUCAGUGUUUCUGCUGCUGGUGUUGGCAGUACACAGCAGAGGCAGCGGUCGUGGGUCGUGCUGUACUUACAAGAAGGGUCAUUUUGGAGGAGGGGCCGCUUGUAGAAAUUCCAACAUAUUGUGCCUCCUUUUGUCUCAUUUACAUUUGAUACGGAAAGUGUCACCUUCGGCGGUGAGGUAUGAAAAGGUUUGAGCCUUUACAGCAUUGCAAUAUUCACUUCAAUUUACAUUUGGAUGAUAAAGUUACCCCUUCGUCAUUUUUUUGCAUUGGCCCAUCCUCCUUAAUUUUCUAGAAUUAUGUUAUGGUCCACUUAUGCUGACAUUUGAACAUAGAAAAAAAAACAAAAUUUUAAAGAACUUGGUUCCAUUUUACACCAAAGUGCAAUUUGUUUAAAGGAGUUGGAACAGUAAUUUUACAAGUAAGAACAAUUAGAAACUUGUUAGAAUCUUUUUUUUUUUUUUUUUUUUAAAGUUCAGUGUCAGCUGUUAUUGAUGCACAUCUCCCUGUCUGAAUGUGCCCUGAUGCCUUCAGAGCCGUUGAUUUACUGGAGCCUUCCCCUAACCGACCUCUUUUUUUAAAAGCUUAUAUUUGUGUAUAUUAAACACUGUAGAUAGGAGCUGCUUGUGUAAGCAGCCUGAUAAGAGAUGUACAGGUGGAAACACUAGGGGGAGCAGUGGCCACACAAAGGAAGAGAGAAAAAGAAAAGGGGAAGAAAUAUAGAUUUGUUAAAAAAGCAAAAGGUUAUUUUUGGCGGUUUGUGUAAAGGGUGAUAUGUGAGUUCGAUACCAUCCGUUGUACUUCAAUUGACUUUUUAGUCUGACAGCUUGGAAGCUAUGUAGACAUGUUAUUGAUGGGAUUAAGCCUCUGGCCUGACAGAGCGAGGCAGCUAGAGAUUCUGGUGGACUGACAGCCAAGGGACUGGAGAACCCUGCUGAUGUGCUUUAGUAGACAUACUGUAUUUAUAAUUGAUUUUUAGAGCUGUGAUCCAGAAACUGCUGUGGAUCUUACAGAAACAUGCAGACACGUGCAUGCUGUUCUGAUCUAACUUGUUUUGGGUCAUUACAUAAACUCAGACUUUUAAAUCAUGUUCCAAAUUACAGCAGCAGAGAGAACCAAAAAUCACACCCUUGAAUUGAAUUUUCACUCAGCUUGUUUUCUUCUUGGCUUGUUGUGAUAACUAUUACUAUAGAAGAUGUUUUCUUUUUAUUUGUUUUAAGUCUUUUAAAGUCUUGUCCGUUAUCUUGUCUUUUUUUAUUAUGGACAGGGAAAUAUCAUGCUUGCUUUUCAAAACAAAUGUAAAUAAUGUAUAUUUUUCUACAAAAAAAACUUAAAAAGCACUCACUAGUGAAUAGCACUUAAUGAUGGUAUUUAUAUUUUUUAAAAAUCGUAUUUAUUUUAUUGCCAUUUUUGUAGGAAAUAGAGGUUUACAAACACUAAUGCUCGGUCUCUAUGUUUUGUAUUCCGCUGCCUUGUCAAAGUUGUUUUUUGUUGUAAUGUUUUUUUUUUAUUUGUAGCCUGAAUGUUUCUUUUUUUUUAUUCCAAAGACUGACACUGGUCUGUGGCUUGGUCCCGUUGAGUUCAGUCCACCAGUAGCUCUUUUAUCUAUCCCGGGCCGUUUGGUCAGAGCUGAUGUUUUUUAUGUUCCAGUUCUAGCCGGCAGUAUGGUCAUUUUUAACUAUUAUUAUGCACUUGAGGGAGUUUAAAUUGUUGAUUCAUAGCAGAUAUCUCCUCUCUCCAGCCUUAUUGUCUCCACACCACGUCACACCAAGAAUCAAGUCCGCUUACAGACCGCUACCAGGCAGUCUUCACAAAAUGAGUCGUUUUUUUAUUUUUUAUUUUAGUCAAUCAUGGGUCGAGAGGCUUUCAGCCAAUUGGCACUUGUGUAAAAUCCAACAAGAGUCCCAUUGAACUUUGUUACUCUGCAGACUUAAAAUAAAGAGGUGCCUUUAUUUUAAUGCUACCAA